UUGGGCUUGGUCUCAGAGAGUUUAAAUGAAGGCUAACUCUUUGUCGUGCGUGUAUUUUAACGCGUGUGGCGAUGCAGGACAAGAGGAAAAGAGAGAUGAGGAGCUGUAAACCAGAGAAGAGCUCAGAUUCCUCUCAUUACACAACCAAACUGUACAAUUCAACACAAUGGCUGAUAGGAGCAGCAGAAAACGCAAAAAGAAGGUUUCUCACAGGGAUUUUAGAGCGGUGUCAGAGUUUAGAGAUCCUGGAACACGUCCAGAAUGUUCUACAGGUGACUAUGGGGAAAGACUUCACCUACACCAGGAGUCGAGUCAAAGCUGGCGACACGGCCAAUGUGUCCAACACUCACUCAACCCCGGAUGAUAAAUUACUCGGAAACGAAAUGUUAAACACUUGGGAAUGGUUUAAAAACAGCCCGAAGUUGACAAAAACGAAUUAUUUACUCGGGCUCUUGGCUUUCUGUGACGCUGAGCUGUUGCACGUGCUGGGGAAUCUGACGCGCGUGUUGAUAGCGAGAGAGCAACGCAAAUUAAACCUCCUGCGGAUUAACACGGACAAGGAUUCCAGCUGGAAUGUGGUGGAAGAUGUAAUGCUCUUGGGUCAAACGUUGAAGAGCAGUGAUGCAGAAUGGGAUGCCUUGGAGGAUCCUGCACUCAUGGUGGUUCCCAGUUUUUCCCAAUCGAUAUCAGAAAGCAGCCAACACAGAGACUUUAUUCGGGCACUUCCAGUCGGUCUGGCCAAGAGGAUUUUAGGGAUGUUGGAUAAUGCCUCACUAGAGAUAUGUAGACACGUCUCCCAACACUGGCAGUACCUAACCGAGGAGAUCGUAGCAGAGCACAGCGUGAAAGAGAUGGUGGAGAACCAGGCUUUGAUACUACAGGGAAUCCCUUCUGUAGCCAACUCUUCCUAUGCCAGGAUCCGUGAGGUCCUAGUGCCCCUCAGAAAAGAGGAGAUGUACAUGCACACUAAGAAGAGUUUCCGAAAAAAGAAUGAGGCUAUCAGGGGUUUUGAGACAGUCUAUACAAUGAUUAAAACCAAGGUUGUGGAGAUGGAGGAGAGGAAUGUGUUCUGUGGAGUCUACAACAUUUUAAUUUUGCUGGACAGAGAAGACCCCAGUAGAGUGAUUCAUUAUGGCGGAGGCAGGAUGGUGGCACUGGGCUCUAAGGACCGAAUCGUGCGUCUGCUGGACACAGUGCUGUUUAAGGAGGUUCCCCCGCUGAUGUACGGCCAUGCGGGCAGCGUGAGAGCAGUGCUAGUGUGUGAGGAGAGAGAUCUGGUGAUCAGUGCCAGCUACGAUCUCAGCAUCCGAUGCUGGAACAUGAAGACCGGAGUAUGUGUGAUGCUGUUCUCUGGACACACGGGCACCAUCACCUGCGUGGACCUCCACGGAAACCAUCUGGUCUCCGGAUCCAAAGACUGCAAAGUCAAAGUGUGGAACCUUCAGACAGGUCAGUGCUGUGACAAGAUGAGGUUUUGUCACCGUAAGCCUAUAGCAUGCGUGAAGACCGACUCGUCUCUGGUGCUCAGCGGCUGUGAGGGAGGAAGGAUCAAAGUGUGGGACAUGAAGACUGCCACUCUUCUAAAGGUCACACAGGGUCACCAGGGCUCUGUGAAGUGUCUGUUCUUUGACCAGUUUCACAUCUUGUCUGGUGGAUCAGACGGAGAGGUAAUGGCCUGGAGCACUGACGGUGAAUUCAAAAAGUGUCUCAUGACCUACCAACAUCCACGGGAAGUGCUCACGUUGUCUUCUCUCUUCCUGCGAGUCAUCACCGGCUGCGUGGACGGAAAGAUUCGGAUCUUUAACUUGCUCAGCGGGGAUUGUCUUAGAAUCAUCAAGAUUGGCACAGAGGAAAGCCCUAUACUUUCUUUACACGCACAUGAUAAUGUUAUCGUGGUGAACAGCAGCAGCCGUGUUUUGUUUUUGCAGUUUGCUCAGCAGCAAUGGGAUUACAGUGCAUCGCCAGUGUACAUCACCGAGCACACACUUCCUUCUCCUAUUCACCCGGGUUUAGCAAGCUCAUCUAAAACAAAGAAGAACGGGAGGAGAUCCAGAACAUCAUGUCUCUCGCAACGGAUGAGGAGCAUGUCAGCUCCCAGCAUGCAACCCUCACCCGAAAAGCGAUACCCGAGCAAGAGGUAUGCGAUGACACCGGGUGAGAGAGCAGUGCGGGAGCGUGUGAGGAAAAGAGGCCCACAGUAUCCCAUCACGACCACUCAGGUUCUUCAAAAGGUCUGUCCUAGCCAUCAGCCUGAGUGUAAAGACCUGGCCACCUCCAAAAGGGAGCUAAACGCUACAGUACGAGACGCUUGGGGACCUGCUCCACCCACAGUUUCAUUUACUCCCCAGGCUCCGAAAGCUUCGAAAAGGCCACAAUCAGCCCGCAAACCAUCCUCAUUUAAGAGCAUGUUAAAAAUAUACACACCUCUGAAAUCCUAUAUGCUGGAUCUGAACCUCCAGCAUUCCUCGCAAAGCAACAUCCCAUCUUCAGCGUUAACGCAGACUUUAUCUAAACCCAGGCGACCCCAGACAACCUGCGGCAUCUCCUCCACCACCACCACCACCAGCCAAGAAGCUUUUUUAAGCUCUGGAAACACCUUCAUAAGGAGUGAGUUGAAACACCUGGGCAGUCCUGUUGGUUUUGAGAUUCCAGGAACAUCCAGACGACCCCAGAAUCCGCUCGAUCCGUUCCGGGAGAGCGUAGGCUUUCAGCUCAGGACAGACACGCAGCUAGAGGAGUACAAGCAGGUCCAGAUACAAGCAAGCACUUACAUGCUCUCAAAGGAAGAGAAGCAGAGGCAAUGCAGGAAAACGAAAGCUAAAGUUGCUCCACUUAACGCUUCAGAGGUGGCAGAUGAAACAUUCACCUGAUAUAAGCAACACUAAUGUACUGAUAUACUAACAUGCAAAUCAGUCAAGCUGUUCAUUACCCUGCCAUAUGCUGUAUGCAAAAAGGAUCUCAUUCCACCAAACACCAUCAAAUAUACAGAUAUAAGUCACUUUCACUAACAAUUUCACUGUACAGCUUUACUUGGAAGGUAAAUAACUGUAAAUAGUAAAAGUUUAUAUCAAGGUGCGUCAAAAUAACUCAGAACUUUAAGUCUUCUGAUCUAAAUAAUCUGUGCAGAGUCAUAGACUGUCUGUAUUUUUAUUUAUUUAUUUAUUUUUUAAGAAAAAUAAAGCACGGUAAACUACUA